AUGCAUUCCCAAGAAAUCAUUUCAAGUCAUGUUGCGAUUGAAUGUGAAUCCAAUACCCCAUUUGAUUCCACUACCAACCUAAUAAACGCUUCCGAGACAUCCAAUAUUCCUACUUCCACCUCAUCAAACAUCCAUCAUCCUUUAACGUUGACAGAUACAACUUUAAUCACUUCAACUCCUUUAACAACCAACAAAGAAUCUUCCUCCAAUCCGGAUCAAGAAGCAACUCCCGUUUCUUCAUCGUGUCAACAACCACAAGAUAAUUUGAUAAAUUUAUCUGGCUGGAGUGUCGUUGCUUCUUGGAAAAAUGAAAAUUUUCAAAUGAACGAGCAUCAAAAUGCUUAUUUGGAAAAGAUGUUUGCCUCCGAAAUUUUUCCUAGAGUUUAUUUGGGAACUCAAAUGGCAGCUACUGAUAAGGCUUGGUUAGAAGAUCAUAAUAUUACCCAUAUCCUUACCGUUUCUGACGGAAUUACCCCAGCUCAUCCAGAGUCUUAUACAUAUAAAGUAAUCCCCAUUCGUGAUUUUGGCUCUCAAAAUAUAAUUGUUCACUUUGAAAAUACACAUAAAUUUAUUCAUUCGGCUUUACAAGAAGAAAAAGGAAAUAUCCUAAUUCACUGCCAAGCUGGAAUUUCUCGGUCCUCAACAGUUAUGAUUGCUUAUAUUAUGAAAGCUCGCAAAAUGACAUUCGAAGCCGCCCUCGAAUUCGUUAUUUCCAAACGCCCUAUAACCUGUCCGAAUUUUGGAUUUCGUCAACAAUUAAAAUUGUACGAAUCUUUAGGGUGUCAAAAAUUGAAGUCAAAUCCAAAAUAUUGGGGAUUCUUGGUUAAAAAAUGGGGCGAUAGAUUAUUGUUGUGA